UAAAAAAGGGUUACAAGGCAGUUGCAUCCAAUAGUGGCUUCUAUCGUUGGUUUUCUUCAUCCACGAGAUUUGAGAAAAUGUGGCGAGCAUUUGUUUAUUGUGCAUUGCUACUGGUGUCAGCGGCUGCAUCUUUGGAGCAUGAGCAUUGUGAAUGGAAACAAAGUGGUCUAUUCAAGCUGAGGCACAGAGAUAGUGUCCUUGUUGAUCACGUGAUUGCAUCGCACAACGUCACCAAUCCCACCCAUUGUUCCAUGAACUGUUUAUCCAAUGAGCGAUGUGCCUCCUUCAAUUUCAAGAAACAAGACCAGCAAUCUUACAUGUGCGAAUUAAACAACAAAUCCGCCGCGGAAGCACCCGGUUCCCUGGUGAAUAUGACUGACUGGAACUACUACGACGCAAGUAUCGGAUGUUGUAGCAACCCUUGUGUGGGUAACGCGACUUGUGAGUCCGGAGACGGACCGGAUGAGUACAGAUGCACCUGUAAGGAUGGCUACGUGGAUAAUGGAACCACGUGCAUCGCUGAAGCUUCCUAUUCGUACCUUGGAUGUUUCAAAGACACUGGUGACCGAGCAAUCGCGUUACCUUUUAUUCAUCCAUCAACUCUGCAGGAGUGCUUUGAAGAAGCCAAAAGACGUGGGAACAUAGUAUUCGCAAUGCAGGCAAGAAAUUAUUGCUUUACCAGCCCAGACGCACAUCACACUUACAACAAGUAUGGUCCCGCACCUGGCUGCAGCGGCGGGAACGGGGGACAGUGGGCCAAUGACGUAUAUCGCAUCAAUUACUAAGUCACAGUGACAUGUGUCACGUCAUGUCAAAUGACACUUUGUAUUGAUAAACUACAUAGGUGCUAGUUUUAUGGUAUAUAUGGUAAUUAGCUUAAUUCGAAAAUAUAAGGUUUUUUGAGAAGGGACCAUUUUUUGCACAAUAAGUAAGGAUAAAAAAUAAAUUUACUAGUAAAGGUUAAGAACUAAAUGUUGUAGAAGUCUUAUGUAGUAGAAUUAAAAAAGAUGCAGACAAGCCUGUUAUAUUAGUUUUAGUGUAGCACGCCGAGAACUAUAGAUUAGAAACAGCUUUGACUAUAUACAUGUAAUAUGUAACAGGGCCGUAGUUGGAGGUGGGGCGGGGCGGCGGAGCACUGGGAGCGCGUGCCCCCCUCCAUCCCAAUUA